CAGUUCAAGUCUCUAAUGGGGAAAGUGAAAGGUUUUAACCUUCUAUCUCUUGGAGGUUGCUUUGAUAGCUGUCGUGACCACACUCAAGGCUCGGGAUUUGGGACGAGGAUAUGGAACCACAGUGAUCGGCCAGUGGAGCUGCAAAUAAGGGUAGGAUCAGUAUUGAAGAAGAUUCACACUUUGAAGCCAGGAUCUUCUAAAAGAGUGAAAUGUAAAAGCAUAUAUAAGGCAUAUAUGCCUGGUAAGAGUGGCAGUUUCGUUGGGAGCAUGAAGAGCUUCUUGUAUUACUAUGAUGAAACUUGCCACCCUUAUAUUUGGGUUCAUGACACAGGGUGUCAUUCCUUAAGGAUGGUUAAGCAGCAAUACAUUAGCCUUGAGGAUCUGAGGGAUUCUUCUGAGAUCAGAAUCUUCAGGGAUCAUCAGAGAGGAUCCAUAUCAGUUCGUAAGAGAACGAGGCCAGAUUUCUGCUGA